AUGGGCACCACAUUCUCCUCCGGCGGCACCACCCACCCCGCCAGCGGGGCACCGGGAGCGGGGGAGAACGAGCUGACCAUCACCGGCCUGGGCACCGAAUGGCCGUCACAGAUCGUCACUUCCGACGAUUUCCGCCAGUACAUCCUGCGCCUUUAUCCCGCAGAUGCAGCAUGGGUUCAAACGCUCCUCAAAGUCCACUCCCGCAGCGGCAUCGCCUCGCGCGCACUAAUCGGCUUCAACCACAACCCCCACUGGUACGACCCCGCAAACCAGCCAACCCCGCCCACCGCGCAACAGGUCUCCUCCGAAUUCCACCGCCACGGCGUCCCGCUCGCCGCCCGCGCCGCCCGCAAAGCCCUAACCGACAGUCACCUCCCCGCGUCGGCCAUCACGCACACCGUCGCCGUGACCGUCACCAACGCGGGAGCUCCGGGAUACGACCAGGCCGUAUUCCGGGCUGUGGGCAUCUCCCCGGGGGCGGAACGUGUUUUGCUCAGCGGGGUCGGCUGCGCGGGGGGCCUCGCAGCCCUGCGGGUGGGGAGCUCGCUCGCGCGGGCGGCCACGGCACAACAAAAGCCCGCACGGGUGUUGGUGCUUGCGUGCGAGGUGUGUAGUAUCCAUCUCGCAGCGGAGUUGCAUUCUACUGCUGCGCAGCUAGGAUUGAAGGGAGGGGAGAUUAGUAUCGGUCCGGUGUUGUUUAGUGAUGGCGCUGCGGCGCUGGUUCUGUGUAAUGCGCUCGCGCUUACGGGGGGCAUUCCAAGACGGUUUGCAGUGGUGGAUUAUCGGACGGGGAUUACCCCGGACACGCAUGAGGCUAUGUCCUACCGCACUACGGAGUAUGGGUUCCAGCUGAAGCUGUCGCGGGAGGUGCCGGAGCUUGCAGUUGCUUCCUUGCGGGGACUGUUUGGGGAGUUAAUGCGGGCGAAUGGGAUGAUGUCGGUAGCGCCCGGGGAGUUGGAGUGGGCGGUUCAUCCUGGAGGGUUGACGAUUCUGCGCGGCGCGCAGCUGACGCUGGGGCUGUCGGAUGAGGCGAUUCGUGCGAGUCGCGAGGUGUAUGAAUCGAGGGGAAAUAGCUCGAGUGUGGCGGUGUUGGCGGUGUUGGAUCGGUUAAGGGGGUGGGAGGGACAGGGCACGAGAAAGGAAGUGGUGGCAGUCAGUUUUGGGCCUGGGUUGACGACGGAGAUGGUUUUGUUGAGGCGGUUGUAG